GUCAAUGUCUUUUUGCUACAAGGAAAACAAAAUUCAUAAGCAAUUAAGCAUCCCUUUCUGAACCUGCUGCUACUACUUCCUUUACCUUCAUUUUCAUUGCAAACAAUCAUCCACUACUUUCCUUUGUUUUCUUUCUUCUAAUCUUGAGAUCAACAUGGCUGCAAGAUUUGUGGGGGAAGCUUUUCUCAACUCUGCACUUGGCACUAUCUACGACAUGCUGAUUUCACCCUUACUUGUCAACUUCAUCCAGAGAAAGAAGCUUAACCGGAAGCUGGUUGAGAAGCUGGAGACAGUUCUGAAGGCUGCUCAUGCUGUGAUCAAUGACGCCGAGCGGAGGCAGAUCGAGGAGGAGGAUGUGAAGCACUGGCUGGACAGGCUGAAGUAUGCUGUGUACGAUGCUGAAGACAUACUUGAUGAAGUCACCACCAAAGCUGCCAUUCAAAAGGUUCAAGGUAACUCUCUGUCUCGCUAUGUCAAUUUGCAUAGUGAUGGUGAGAUAGUAACCAAGAUAGAAAAUAUCAUUGAUGCAUUAGAGUUAAUUGUAAAUGAGAAAGAUGGUCUUGGCUUGAAGGAGAUACCGGUGGAGGGCAUGUCAUGGAGGAUCCCCUCAACAUCUCUGGUUGGUGUGCAUCAAAUAUAUGGCAGGGACAAAGAUAGGGAGGCCAUAGUAAAACUGUUGUUAGAUGAUACCAGUGAAGGUGGAAUAUCAGUGAUUCCUAUGGUAGGCAUGGGUGGAAUAGGAAAGACUACUUUGGCUCAGAUGGUUUACAAUGAUGACCGAGUGAAACAAAAAUUUGAUGUUAAGGCAUGGGUUUGUGAUGGGCAAGAAGAAUUUGAUGUUCUUAAGGCGACAAAGACAGUGAUGGAGAAAGUAACUUCUAGUUCUUGCGACUCAACUGAGUUAAACACAAUUCAGGAGAGUUUGAAGGAAGUCCUAGCAGGGAAGAAGUUGUUGGUUGUUUUGGACGACAUGUGGAGUAACAAUUAUGAUGUCUGGAUAAGUUUUUUAAAGCCUUUUAAAUCUAGUAACGGGGCUGUUAUGAUUCUUGUAACAACCCGUCUUGAUUCCACUGCGGAUAUGGUUAAAACUGUUCCAACUUACCAUUUGAGUUUGUUGGGUGAUGAUGACUGCUGGUCAGUGUUUGCAGAUCAUUCAUGUCUUAAUUCGGCUGAAUCCCAUAGCCGUUCUGAUCUAGAAGUAGUUGGUCGAAAAAUUGUCGAAAAGUGUAAUGGCUUAGCUUUGGCUGCUCAAACACUUGGAGGUUUAUUAAGAGCAAGAAAAGAAGUAGCGGAUUGGGAGUUUAUAUUGAGGAGUGAAAUUUGGGAACUUCCCAAAAAAGAUUGUGGGAUUCUUCCUGCAUUGAGAAUAAGUUAUGACUACCUCCCUUCACACUUAAAACGUUGCUUUGUUUAUUGUUCUUUAUUCCCAAAAGACUUUCCAUUCCAAAGAGAUGAACUGGUGUUAUUGUGGAUGGCAGAAGGUCUUUUGCAGCAACUAAAGAGUGGCAGCACUUUAGAAGUGGGUUCUAAAUAUUUUAAUGAUUUGGUUUCGAGAUCAUUUUUCCAACAUUCUAAGACCGAUGAAGGAUAUUUUGUGAUGCACGAUCUCAUGCAUGAUUUAUCAAUAUUCUAUGGUGGAAAGUUCUUUUCUAGAAACUUUGAAGACGGAACUGCAGACAAGCAUGAUGCUUGUCCUCGUCCUCGUCAUCUUUCAUAUGGUGAUUGGAUCGAUGAUUCGUUAUUCUCAGAUAUCUUGGAAGUAUGUGAUUGUUUAAAAAAUGCAAGGACAUUGCUGCAUAUCGAUUUUGAAACAUGGGAUGAUCCCACAGAGGAAUAUGAUCCUUGUCGCUUACUUGCACAGUUGAAGCACUUAAGGGUUUUGUCAUUUCAAUUCCUCCCUCUUGAUGAGCUUGAUUCAAUAAGUGAUUUGAUCCAUUUGCGUUAUUUGGAUCUCUCUCAUUCAUUUAUGGUGGCAUUGCCAGAGUCAAUGAGCAAAUUGUAUAAUUUACAAACACUGAAGUUGAGUGAUUGUGCAUAUCUAGAAAAGCUUCCAAGCAACAUGCAGGAUCUUGUAAAUUUGCUUCAUUUGGAUCUCUCUUAUACGCCAAUUGAGGUAUUGCCCGAGUCAUUGAGCAAAUUGCAUAAUUUAGAAACGUUGAAGUUGAGAGAGUGUGGAAAUCUGAAAAAGCUUCCAAGCAAGUUGCAAGAUCUUAUAAAUUUGCACCAUCUCGAUAUUACUGGUACUAAAAUAGAAGAGAUGCCGAAAGGGAUGAGCAAAUUAAAAGACCUGCAGAUUUUAUGUUACUAUAGUGUCGGCGAGCAUGAAGAGAACGGGAUAGGGGAAUUGGGAGGACUUGUAAAUCUUCAAGGGUUAUUUGGUAUUAAGAAAUUAGAGAAUGUGAUUGAUAGCAGUGAAGCUUGGAAGGCAAGGAUGGUUGAUAAGAAAUACAUCAGUCAUUUAUGCUUGAAGUGGUCAUCAGGUGAAGAUAGUGAUAUUGUUGAUUUCCAAAUCGAAAAAGAUGUGCUUAGCAAAUUAGAACCUCACAAUGACCUGAAAUAUCUAAAAAUAAAGGGUUACAGGGGUACCGUGUUUCCGGAUUGGGUAGGACAGUCUUCGUACCAUAACAUGACUGCAUUGUAUCUGACUGGAUGCUGUAAUUGUUUAGUGCUUCCUUCACUUGGACAAUUACCCUCUCUAAUAACACUGUAUAUUUCAGAAUGUGAUAAGCUGAAGAAGAUUGGUGGGUCAUUCUAUAAGGGUGAUGGAACACAUCAGCAUCAGGAGACACCCUUCCGAUCCCUUAAAUAUCUGACUAUUCAAAAACUGCCUUGCUGGGAGGAAUGGGAGUCUUAUGAAUGUGAUGAUGAUGAUCAUGCACCAUUUCUUCAACUUGAGGAGCUCCGUAUUUAUAACUGUCCUAAGUUAAGAGGAGAUUUGCCCACUUUCCUUCCGUCUUUGAAAUAACUUUUCAUUGAAAGAUGCGAGGAGCUUGGUUGUUAUCUGCCAAGAGCUCCCAUCAUUCGCGAAUUAAGAAUAUUUGGCAACCAGGAAGCAAGAAUGCGGGACCUGCCACUUUUACUGCAACUACUAAGAAUCGAAGGAAAGCAGCUUGUGGAUUCUCUGUUUGAGGCCAUGGCCAUGACCCACACCCAACCAACCUCUCUCACGGAGUUAAGUAUCUCAAAUUGCUCAUCAGUGGUAUCAUUUCCAGGGGAUGCUUUGCCCCCUUCGUUGAAACAGUUGCGCGUAUACGAUUGCAAGAAUGUAGAAUUCCCAAUGCAACACCAACAACAUGAGUCACUAAGGAGUCUUACAAUAAACAACAGCUGUGAUUCGCUUACAUCCUUCGCAUUCCCAGCGUUCCCGAAUCUCAAUGAUCUGAGAAUUCAAAGAUGUGAAAAUUUGACAUCUCUGGAGCUGUCACAGUCACAGUCCCUCCGAGAAUUAUGGAUUGAAGAAUGCCCUAAGCUGGAGAAGAUAAUAAGGCUGCCUGCCUCUUUAAACUAUCUCUCCAUCUUUCUAUGUCCGUUGUUGGGUGAAGGCAUAGAGAGGAAGGACCCCCACAUUUGGCCAUCCAUUUCCCACAUCCCCCGUAUUUAUGUUGACGGCACAAGUAUCCUCCGUGACUCAACAUCUUAAAACAGGAAGCAUCUCGGAUAAAGAGUUUGGCUGAUAUUCUCUGCAGUUGACAAUUCAUAAUUUUGUGAUUUUUCGGAUAAAAAGAUAUGUCCUUUAACAUUUUUGGGCUGCCUUGACCACCUUCCUUUUGCUAUUUCCUCCCCUUCCAAUUCAAUGUUGAGUUUCUUACUGCUUUUGCUGGUCUUGCCUUGAGAGUUGUUGAUAGGGUACAUCAAGCAUGUCAUGAAUUCCACCAUGGCUCUAUCAAUUCAGAACUCUUUGGCGCCGUUCAGAUCCCUGGGAGCUCCAAGAUGGGGCGGUGGAUUGUUAGUCAUCCUUAGGAUUUAGAUAAAGCUGUAGACAAUUGUAACGAGGAAAAUAGGCUCUUUUUAGAAAGCUGUUAAGGCCAUUUAGGUAAAGAUAGGACAGUUAGUAGGAGUAGUUGUUGGGUUAGUUACUAUAAUGGAAUUGAGAAUGUAAUUGAUGGGAAUAAGGGUAGUGGCCUAAACAGUUAGUAUUAGAAGGCUUGCUGAACUCAUUGUAAAGCAAAUUUUGAUGUUGAAUAAAAAAACUGGAGAGUACCGCCUCUCUUUCCUCUUGUGGAGUUCUUAACCUUGGUCUAAACAAAGUGUUACAUUGGUGUUUUUGCCAUUAACUUAUGGAGAGAUUGGUAUUGAACAUGGGGGUGGGGAUGAGAUUGAUAGUAAAACUUGUCAUGUUUCAUUUGAUGUUGACGGUAAUGUUGCAGUCUCAAAAAAUUUGGAAGCAUGUGAUAAUUUUAAAUUUGCAAGAACAUUGUUAAGGGAUGCCCUUCCAUUAUUACAACCUCAAAGGAAAUAGCCCUUGUGUAUGACUUUUACUAUCAAAGCUGGAGAGCAUAAGAGUUUUUUCAUUUGAAUGGUUUCCUCUUGGAUCAUUGGCCAAUUCAACAGACAAACUGAUAAGUUUGUGUUAUUUGGAUCUUUCUGAAUCAUCUAUAAAGAUAUAACCUGAGUCGUCUACAAAUAUUGAAGUUGAAUUGUUUGACUUUCUGGUGCGGUCCACAGAUCUUCUUUGCAUAUGUUUACCACCUAAGGCAAGUUUGUAUAAUCUUUUCUACAUCACAUGCAAUUCAACUUGUUU